UAGUUCUCCGCUGUGCCGCUUUUCCAGUUCCUAACUCUGGUCACUCUUUACAAGACGCGAAUUUUAUUCGCCAGUAAAAACAAAUAUAAGCAAACUUGAGCCCACUGAUAAGCGGACCAGCAAUCUUCAAUGAAAUCACUACUCUUAGAUAAACUGCCAUCGACCAUCUGCAAGCGCGCGCUAAGCGGAGCCAUUCCACUCGCCCACGCCCAUCCCCUUGUCACCUGUCCGUUGGCCGCCCACCCAAAUCGGCCGUCGGUCCGUUAAUGUUAUCAGUUUAGCAGCAGAGGCAGCAACAACGUCGAGUGGGCGCGCACAAAAGGCCACCCAUCGCUCAAGGACGAGGCGUAGGCAGAGGUUCAAACCGUUGCAGUUGCAACAGAAGCGCCGGAAGCACAGGCAGCGACGUAACCGCAAAACGUGUGCUGAAUACGAAAACUUUUUUGGGGCCAUGCCACGACACACGAGCGGCUGACAGGAAAUCGUGGCCAACUACGAAAAAAUCAACAGUUCUUCACUGUGAGCAGCUCUAGUCAAAAGUUCAUAUGGAUGCUACCCCAAGUUCAAAGUUCAGCGAUGUGGACGAAUAUGGCUUCAAGCGUGGCGACCACUUCGACUAUAACAACUACUCAAAGUUCAUGGAUGGUUACCUGAAAACAUUAACGCGACGCCGCAUGAAAUGGGAGGCCAUACUGCAGCAAAACACCGAUCUCACCCAGGUGGAUGCCAAGCUGAAGCGGUACAUUCGGAAGGGCAUUCCCGGUCCGUACCGUCCCGACGUCUGGAUGAAGAUAUCUGGCGCUGCCGCCGCCCAGCGUCGCUCGCCGGAUCUCUUUCGCAACCUGCUGCGCAACGAGCCUUUCGACAAAGAAAUCAGCGAUUCCAUAUCAAUCGAUCUACCUCGUACCUUCCCCGACAAUAUUCACUUCGAUACGAAGAAGCAGCGACUGUACAACAUUCUCAUCGCUUACGCCCAUCACAAUCGGGACGUGGGUUACUGCCAAGGUCUAAACUACAUAGCCGGCCUGCUGCUGAUCGUCACCGACGAUGAGGAGAAGUCCUUCUGGCUGCUCAAGCACAUCGUUGAAAACAUCGUGCCGCAAUACCAUUCGCAUAACAUGGCCAAUCUGCUGAGGGAUCUUGCCGUGUUUCGGGAUUUGGUUAUUCGGCGAAUUCCCGCUGUAAACCGGCAUGUGGAUAACUUGGGCCUGCCCUAUCCGGUGAUCGCCAGCAAAUGGUUCAUCUGCAUCUUUGCCGAGGUGCUGCCCGUGGAGACUGUGCUGCGUAUUUGGGACUGCGUCUUUGCUGAGGGCUACAAGAUCGUUUUUCGUGCCGCGCUAGCCAUGUUUGUCACUCAUAAGAACGCCAUUCUGGGCUGCGAUGACAUUGCUGCCCUGGCCAACUUAUUCCGGGAUACCAUGAUCCAGGACAACAUUGUGACGGACUGCCACGGCUUUGUUGAGGCCAUGUUCAGUCUGCGUUUGAAGAGAAGCGAGCUGGAGAGCUUACGCAAGGUGGCCGUGCUUAAUCCGGCCUAAGGAGCCAGUGUGGAAAGUGCUCUGUGACCAAUAGAUCAAACAACAGCAACAAAACCAAAAACAAAUUGGAGAAGCAAUCGAAAAUUCAAUUAUUAGGAGCGUAGUUUAACCGUGUCAUUGUGUUUAUGUUUAUUCUUGUGAGUGUGAAUUAUGUAAUCGUUUAUAUUUAGUACAUACCUACAUGUGCGCGCAUUUGUAUUAGCAUUGUAGCCCAAUAGUAGCUAGGGCCAAGGCAAUUUGAGUAUUAGCCAAUGAAAUCCGAUCGAGUUACCAAAGCGAAGUUUAAAAUGGAACAGAAUUGAACAGAUUAAUUUUAUCGUAGGAGUAGUAGCCAAAAGUUUCUAGAUAUCUUCCGCAUGUAGUCCAAAUACAGCAAAUACAUACAUAUAUACAUAUGCCCAACCAUCGGCAGCGCAUUUAGCCCUCGUUUCGCCCAACAACAAACAGUUCGUGUUCUAAGUUAUCUUGUUGAUCAAAGAAGUAUUUAUUUUCGAGUAUAUGUACUUUGAUAGGAAGCUAUGUUAAUGUCUACGUCUAGAUGAAACAUGUAUUUACUUUUAUAUAUAUAAAUGCUUUUAAAGUUGUUACAUCGUUGACUAACUGUAAAACGUCUGUUAGCCGCAACCGGUUUGUCGGUUUGUCGAAUCGGUUGCCCAAUACUCAAUACUAUUUACAAAACAUUUAUCCUGAAAUAUAAUUUGUGGAAUUGAUUUGUAAAUGCAUUAUCCCGCGAGCCAUUAAAACCAAUAACUAUUUCUUAAAUACAGUAUUGGCCUUUAAUGGCAGAUGGGUCUUGUAUUUCGAGCAGCCGAGGUGCUUUUCAAAUAAAAUACUAUUGCUAACUGUUAGUAACUGAAGAAA